AUGUGGUUGAACAUCAUUAUAUACUGUAUAUUAUGGACAAUCAACAUUGCGCCAGUUCGCUGUCAUCUUCCGGAUUACGCAUCUACUCCUUCGAAUAAAAUAGACCAAUUUUGCAGUCUAGCGGAUACUUGCAUACAUGACACAAUUCCUAUAUGCGGCAAAAUGGGAGAUGAGAAACGAACGUUUUUGGAUCUCUGCGACUUAUUGGAGUUUGCGUGCGACACUAAUCAAAUUUUUGUUCACGUCGAAGACAUGGCAGGGUGCCCGAAUAGGAGUCGAUAAUUUGAUUUUU